AUGGCAUUCAACGGUCCUAUCAAUGAGACUUACCCAAUGCCCAGUGCGGCAGAUACCGCUACUGUGUCGCAUAUUCAGAAAGGCUUCAAGAUUAGUGCACGUAAACUCCCAAUAUCGAAGUCGGGUCCAAUCGAUCAGAUGUCAGAGAAGCUCGGCAUACCGGUUCCAGAGAUGAUCUUUGGUGAUAAUAUGGUUGCGAUCGAGCACGUAGCGAGUGGAUGGCGCAUGGAAUUCAAUGCAUACGAUGCCCUGGAUCGCGUGGACAAGACGGACAAAAAUAUGUUAAAGGUAGCCUAUUCAAAAGAGUGGUCGAGUAGCAGGGAGAAAGCCCAUGAAGGCAUCAAAGAAAUCGUUAAGCCAUUCGACUGGUCGUAUACAACAGAUUACAAAGGCACUAUAACCAACGGGAAAUUGUUUACGUUGGAUAACUCCGAUCCGAUACCUAUCGCCCUUCUUAAGCGUCAAGAUCCCAUUCUGUUUUUCGAAGAAGUUGUUUUAUACGAGAGUGAGCUAGACGACAACGGAAUAUCUGUGUUUUCUUGCAAACUGCGAGUUAUGCCUGACCGAAUGCUUCUCUUGUGCAGAUUGUUCAUGAGACUCGAUAAUGUUCUUGUUAGGAUCAGAGAUACUAGGAUCUAUGUCGAUUUCACCAUAAGCAAGGUAAUUCGCGAUUAUACCGAGAGAGAAGAUACAUUUGACACUGUCAAAAAAAACCUUCUUUACUCUGGUACACUCCCAGACGAUCUUACUAUAGCCAUGCGUGAUCCAAAUCAGAUUGCCCACCUAGUACCUGAAGUUACCCAUACGAUCGAGAAUCUGACGCUUCCUUAA